GGCACAUUUUACCUGCUGCAAGAGAGCAGUUCAGAAACUGUUCCAAGUGUUGGGUUGUAAUACAGUAAAAUCUACCCCUUUAGAAUAACUAUUUUGUUGUUUGUUUGAGGGUCUCUAGAGAGACUUCUCAUGAACAAAAAGAACAGGAAGGGAAAUUUGCUGUGAUCACGCACAUAUUAUUUACUCUGUUGAUCGGGGGAACUUUCCGAAACUUGCUUCAUCCCCCAAGCACUUCUGGAUUUACGCCGCACGUCUAUUACGGUUGACUUUGCCAGUGACUUUGACCGCUUGGGUCUGUCAAAUUAACGUCGCGGGGGAUCUGCGUUAAGGAGAGACCGCUCUAUUUGAAGGGAUUCACGCAUGUCUGGAUAUUAACUUCCCUUGUUAAUUUGAGAACGGUCUCUGAGGAAGACAGUGGAUGUUAUUGUGUUCGUGUUUUUGAACAUUUUGUACCAACUAAUACAGCAGAAGCGUCAACAUGUUGAGUAACACUGGAGUCUAUGCUGUCAAGAAGCGGAAGAAGCCCGUUCAAAAAACCAAGAAAUCUCCUGCUCCAGAUGUGGUCAAGUCGAACCCAUCCAAACGCCACCGGGAUCGGCUGAAUGGGGAGCUGGACAGGCUGACAGGCCUCCUACCAUUCCCUGAGGAUGUGCGCUCUCGCCUGGACAAACUCUCUGUGCUCCGCAUCAGCGUCGGCUACCUGAAGGUGAAGAGCUUCUUCAAAACAACCAUGAAGAAAAGCAGUGUCCUGUUUCCUGGGGGGGAUGGCCUGAACAUGAAUGGGAUGAACGCCCCAACCUUCUCCGAGGGGGACCUACUUCUCCAGGCUCUGAAUGGCUUUGUGCUGGUGGUCACAGCUGAGGGACAUGUGUUCUAUGCCUCUCCUACUAUCCAAGACUACCUGGGCUUCCAUCAGUCAGACGUGGUUCACCAGAGUGUGUUUGAGCUGAUCCACACAGACGACAGAGCCACGUUCAGACGACAGCUUCACUUUGCCCUCAACCCCAAGCCCUUUGACCCAGAGCAGGGAGGAGACGGCAUGGCGAGCAGCAGUGACAUCACCAGGAACAUCGUGACCUAUAACCCUGAGCAGCUCCCACCAGAGAACUCCUCCUUCCUGGAGAGGAACUUUGUGUGCCGCUUCCGCUGCCUCCUGGACAACUCCUCUGGCUUCCUGGCUCUGAACUUCCAGGGGCGUUUGAAGUUCCUCCAUUGCCAGAGCAUGCUGGGGGAUGACGGGAUGCACAGCCAGCCCAGGUUGGGCCUGUUCACCAUCGCCACCCCUGUCCACACCCCAUCCAUAUUGGAGAUAAGAAACAAGACGAUCUUCUUCCAGACCAAACACAAGCUUGACUUCACCCCCACGGGUGUCGAUGCCAGGGGGAAGGUUGUCCUGGGAUACUCAGAGAUUGAGUUGUGUAUGAGAGGCUCUGGGUAUCAGUUCAUCCACGCAGCUGAUAUGAUGUACUGUGCAGAUAACCAUGUCAGAAUGAUUAAGACAGGAGAGAGUGGUCUGACCACGUUCAGACUGCUGCAGAAGACUGGGUGCUGGGUCUGGGUCCAGGCCAAUGCCAGGCUUGUCUACAAAGGAGGAAGGCCCGACUUCAUCAUCGCACGCCAGAGAGCUUUACUUAAUUCUGAGGGAGAGGAGAAUCUACGCCAGAGGAAGAUGCAGCUGCCCUUCAGCUUCACCACCGGGGAGGCCCUGCUGUACGAGACCGGCCCCACACUGGAUGCCACGGAGUUCCAAACCAACCCCCCAAAAAUCUGCAAGGUGGAGUCUCUGGACCCCCAGUCUCUACUGGGCUCUUUACUAAAGCAGGACGAAUCCGUCUACACCCAGCCCCAGGAGCCUCAGCUACCCAUAGACAAGGUAUUCAUGGACAGCCGAGCGCUCACCAACGUGGCCUGUAACUCCUGGCAGAGUAGCAUGGAGCCCCAGGGGCCCGACGGGGUUGAUGAUGGUGAUAGCCCCAGGGAGGUCAAGCACGAGGGGGCGUUGGUAGCCAUGAUAGAUGCCCUGGAGAGGAUGGCGCAGGAUGGGGACCUGUGUGCGGCUCUGCAGGGGAUGGACGUGGGUACGGCGGAGCUGAUGGAGUGGGAGAGCACCCUCCUCAGGCUGAGCCAGAACUCCAAUGGGACCGGGAGCGGGGACACCUCCCUAGAGCUGGAUGACAUCAUGACCAACGACAUCUUCUCUUACGUGGAGGAAGCCUUGUUCAAGGACAGCAGCGAGGGGAGCGGUAACCAGCCCAACUGCUCCACCAUGGUCAACAACGACCCUAACCUGUUCACAGGGGUGCUCGACAACAACAACCAGGGUGGACCAUUUCCAGGAGUGGUCAGCCCUACUACAGGUGCCGGACAGUGCAAGCCCGGGUUGCUUGACAAAUUCAGCUUUGUCCAAAAUGGCUCCCCAGUGAACGAUCUAAAUGGUAUCAGCCACAGUCAGGUAACAGGCAACAGAGUAGUUGGUUUGGCAGGACAGAACCAGGCAGGACCACAGCAGGUGUUCAAGAGCACCCAGAGGCUCUCCCACUUCGGCCCCCAGAUUCCUCAGACGGGCCUGAAUAUCCCCAUCCUGCAGCAGCUACAGCUCAACGACAUCUUCACCCCCUCUCUGGAGCUCCCCGAGCUCAGUAACCCACAUAGCUCAGGCCAGAAUGAGUCUGUCACGUUAAGCACUAGCAUGGCUGGAUCCUGUGCUCAGGCACCAAACAACCACAUGGGAAGCCCUCAGAUCAUCGCUGGCCAGGUCCAAUCUAACCAGCCACCUCCACAGGGUUUCCCUCAUAAUGGCUUGCCAGCUGCAAUGGCACCAAACGGACCAGAGGAGAUCUCUGUUCCACAGUCCAACCAUCUACCACCUAUUCUGGUGGAUGCUUGGGCAUCUUUGAUUCCCAGUAAUGGCUUUGUUUCACCCCAGAUUGCCUGCAGUGCACCAUUUCAGUCACUAAAAACCCAGAAAGUGCAGCAGUGGCCCCAGAACCAGCAGCAUCAGCUACCACCAUCCGCCAGCACAAUGAAAAAUGGACACCAAUUCAUCCCAGACUGUCACAGUCAAGCCACAGAGACCCAACGAGUCCCUCUCACAGGCCUUUGGCCACAGAACACCAACGGAUUGUACCACCAACCCCAGCAGGGGCGAUUGGCCAACGGCCAGCCUGCUCCAUCUGGCAGCUGUAUGUUUGAGAACGUCUCACCCCCCCUCCCCAACAGAAACAGCCACGUGGAUGGCACCAUUCUGCCUCCCCCCUUGUCUGCAUGCCAGAGGAGGAUGGUGGACCCCCAGGACCAGAGCUACUUGCAGUGGGGCCCCAGUGAGCCGGUGGUGGACACGUCAGCCAUCAUCCAGGACAACACCGGAAUCAGCUUCCCGGCUCGCCCGCUUGUGGCCAACAUCACCACCCCCGAGAGUCUACUGGCCAUGCAGCAGUACCUUUCUGGACGCAACAGAGUCGGACAGACACAGAUCCCAAGCCUCAGUGUAGUAGACAGCAAUGGAACAUUCUCCUCAUCCCCACUUGUCAAUGGAACAUUCUCCUCAUCCCCACUUGUCAAUGGAACAUUCUCAUCAUCCCCACUUGUCAAUGGAACAUUCUCCUCAGCCCCACUUGUCAAUGGAACAUUCUCCUCAGCCCCACUUGUCAAUGGAACAUUCUCCUCAGCCCCACUUGUCAAUGGAACAUUCUCCUCAGCCCCACUUGUCAAUGGAACAUUCUCCUCAGCCCCACUUGUCAAUGGAACAUUCUCCUCAGCCCCACUUGUCAAUGGAACAUUCUCCUCAGCCCCACUUGUCAAUGGAACAUUCUCCUCAGCCCCACUUGUCAAUGGAACCAUGUGCUUUACAGACCACAACCAAACCAACUAUUGCGACUUCUAAACACGAGUCACAUGUUACUCUGUAAACAUUAUGGACAAAAAGAGGAGGAAGCCAUCCAUGGAUCUGUUCAUCCAUCCAUCCGUACACAUUCAAAGACAACACACUGCCUUAAGAGCUGCCUCAGGUAGGGUGUCGUGAUGACAAGCCAUCCCCUAGUCAGACACACCAUUCAUCUCCCCAUAUCAGUGUUUACAGGAAAUACAAGGACUCUUUUGAUUAAGCACUUGUCACUUCUGUCAGCAAUGGAACAAAAAGCAGCAACUUUACAUGGAACUGGUUUCCUUUUCUUUUGUUGGGUUGUCUUCUGUUUUGUUUGUUGUUGCCUUGUCUUUGGUUUUAUUACUGUGGGAAAACAGUAUCUGUCACAACUUCAAUGAUAUGAAUGAAGUUUGAAUCCUCACUGGUGAAUUUGGCUUGUGUUAUAAUGGCUUUUUAGGGUCAUGCCCAAUUCCCAAAAUGGUUUAUAUAUAUUAAUGAAGCAGGCCAUAUUCAUUUCUUGUUACGUUUGUUUCUUCUUACAUUAUAGUUGGAUGGUGACAGGACACCAUUCAAGUUUUCACUCGUGGAGAAACAUACAAAAAACUGAUAUUGUACUCAGAGAUUAAAAAUAAAGGCAAUAACAUCCUCAAUGUAUAUAUGGAGUGUAGGGUUGCAAAAUUCUGUGAAUUUUAGAUACAUUUCCUAAUUUUUUACAAAAUCCCAGUUGGAGAAUUCCUUGAAUCCGGAGUGAAUAAGCAGGAAAUCCAGAAUCCUCCAACCAGGGAAUGCAUUGAAUGUUCCUGGAAUUGUUCAACCCUAAUGAAGUGUAAAUACACAAAUGGCCUCUAUAUUAUUAUAAAGAUAUUAUUGUUUUUAUUAUGUGAGUGUGUUAUGGCUGUGAUGAAUAUGACUGUGUGUACAUGGGGUGUGUUCCUGUUUGUGUUUGCUUGUUCUGAAGAAUGAAUGAAGCAGUGUACAAAUAGAAUUUCUGAGGAAAAAGCAACGUAUUUCAUUGAAAUGUCUGCAUUGGUUGCAGAGUAGGCUAUAAAAAAACAAAUGAUGUGCUUUCAGAUUGUACUCCUUGUAAUGCUAUUGGUAUCCAAAUUUCAUUACAAUUUAACAAUAGUCUGAUAUAGUACGUUGAUAAUGCUAUAUCAAUAGUAUUCAAUCCAUUUAUAGUUGUUUCUUUGUUUUAUCUAAACUUCACUGAGCCAUAUGCUAACUUGUGGUAAUUUGUUUACUUUCGUUUUUUGUUCAUAAUAUCAUCUGUGGAGGAAGGUGUAGUGCAUGUUAAGGAGACUCAGGAGACAAACCGUCGCUAGAGACAAACCGUCGCUAGUGAAUAGUCGACACACCACUUGCACAGUCUUCACAUUUUGCUACCUUAAAAUCUGAAAAGGGAUUUUUUUCCUACCGAUCUAAACAAUCUACUCCACAUUUUCAAAGUGAAAGAAAAAUGUAUAAAAAAGAAAUACGAAACAAAGAUGUUUUGAUUGCGUAUGUCUUCGCAGCCGAGGGGUUGAUUGAAGACCCCCUUUUUGUUGUCAUUUUUCUCUCCCCAAAUUCGUGGUAUCCAAUAUGUAGUUAGAAUCUUGUAUCAUUGCUGCAACUCCCCUAUGGACUCGGGAGAGGUAAAGGUUGAGAGCCAUGCGUCCUCCAAAACACGACCCUGCCAGGCCGCACUGCUUCUUGACACACUGCUCGCUUAACCCGGAAGCCAGC